UAACCUCCGAACUCUGAAGUUGUUGUUCAGAGGUGUUUACCAGUUUUUUAGAUUUUAUCAAUGGACGAUAAACAUAAAAUCAAAAUUGCUGUUACCAUAUCUUGUUUAGCAGUUGUUUCAAUCUUAUUUGUCAACAAAUUUCUUAAACACAGAAAACGAAAACACAACAACAACAACAUUAAUUCAUGUUACCUGAAAUCUCAAGUUAAGCCUCAACACACUUUCAAACGUGUUUUGGCCAACAAUUCUUAUGCCCCCUUUAAACAUCUCAGGCUCCAGGAUGGUUCUACGGAUUUGCAUCCGUAUGAAUCUGAGAUCAUGGAUUUGAUGGAGAAACCACUAUUGGAUUUUAAGUUUUCUAAUGGAAUUACGGAUAUGGGUGAUAAGUAUGUUUGGGUUGACGAUGAAUCAAAGUUAAAAGAACUCGUGGAGGUUUUAAGUAAAGAAAGAGUGUUUGCGGUGGAUACCGAGCAACAUAGCUUACAUUCAUUCUUGGGGUUUACUGCUCUUAUUCAGAUUUCUACGAGAGAUGAAGAUUACCUGGUGGAUACUAUUGCUCUUCAUGACACUAUGGGAAUUCUUGCCCCCUUAUUUGCUGAUCCUAAUAUUUGCAAGGUCUUCCAUGGUGCUGAUAAUGACGUUAUAUGGCUACAAAGAGAUUUUCACAUUUACGUUGUAAACUUAUUUGACACUGCAAAGGCAUGCGAUUUGCUAUCAAAGCCACAAAGAUCAUUAGCGUACUUACUUGAAACAUAUUGUGGCGUCACAACUAACAAGCUUUAUCAGCGUGAAGAUUGGCGACAACGUCCUCUGUCAACGGAUAUGGUUGAAUAUGCGCGAAUGGAUGCACACUAUUUGCUGUAUAUUGCAGAUUGUCUCGUUUCUGAGCUCCGACUCCAGAAGAAUGAAAUAUCAGCUGGUCCCAAUGACAAGUUAGAUCUUGUUUUCGAGGCCAUCCGGCGUUCGAAUGCCUUGUGUCUGCAACUCUUCUCCAAAGAAUUAGAGGCUUCCCCAGGGCAGUCUGCUGCUUCUUCAAUUAUUUCCCGAUACUUGAACGAUCUUGGAAGUUCUACAGCCAACAUGCAGGAACUUGUUAGACGUCUCUGCUCUUGGAGAGAUUUGAUGGCCCGCAUUCAUGAUGAGAGCCUUAAAUAUGUACUAUCCGAUAGUGCUGUUGUCGCUCUUGCUGAAAAAAGUCCAUUAACUACUACAGAUAUUUGCGCCACAAUAUCACAGGCUGAUAUGGACGUUGAUGUUCUCAGUUUGAGUUCUGCUCCUCGGUGUCCAUCCUCUGUUGUCUUGAGUCAUUUAGACGUCUUCCCUUGCCUCCUACAAGACGAGAUCAACAAUCUUGAUGAUAUAUUUCAACUAGUUCUUAAGAAGCACCUUGGUCCAAAUGGUUCUUGUCCUUUAUCUCUUUAUAAUUAUGGCCUGUUGUCUAAAACCAACAUCAAAGUAUCAGAUAGAUUAUCUUCAAAAGGAAAUAAGCAUAAGCUUUUAAAACAAGUUGCACGGAAGGCUUCUCGUGAGCUUUUUGUCCAGAAGUUCUCCUGCAAAGCUCCAGUAUAUCAUAACUGCAGAAUAUAUGCCAAUGAUGGGCGACUAUUAUGUUACUGUGAUCGAAAGAAGUUAGAAUGGUAUCUACAACGGGAUCUGGCAAAAGUUGUUGAUGAAGAUCCACCAGCCAUAAUGCUUCUCUUUGAACCCAAAGGGCGCCCUGAAGACGAAGGAAAUGAAUUCUAUAUCCAUAGUAAGAAAAAUAUAUGCGUAGGUUGUGGGGAAGGAAAACACUAUUUACGAUACCGUAUCAUCCCAUCAUGUUAUCGGAUACACUUCCCAGAGCAUUUGAAGAGUCACCGCUCUCAUGAUAUUGUUCUAGUUUGUGUCGAUUGUCAUGAAAAAGCACAUUCUUCUGCCGAGAAGUACAAGAAAAAAGUAGCUUCUGAAUUUGGGAUACCCCUAUUUGUACACAAAGUGGUUGACUCUAAUGAUGAACAUGAUUCCGGAUCUUCCACUUCUGUAUUGAAAGUUGGUGAUGGUGGCGUGUCCCCUUUAGAGUUGAGAACUGCAGCAAUGGCUCUCAUAAGACAUGGACCUAGGAUGCCACCUCAGCGUCGUGAAGAAUUGAAACAGGUUGUUAUGAAGUACUAUGGAGGCAGAGAUAUAUCAGAGGAAGACCUUGAAAACGCACUACUAGUUGGAAUGAGUCCUCAUGAGAGAAGACGACUACGGAAAAAGAGAGGUUUGUCUCUUAAUAACUCCUCAGGAAACAUUGUGUCAGACAAGGAACUCGAGAGCAGGAAUGGUGGUGUGCAGCUUUCCUCCCCUGAUAAGUCAUUAAAUGUUGAUAAGGAAGACAGAUCAGAUAAUAUUAGUAACAGCCCUUAUAUAAAUUCAGAAUUUAACGAAAAUGAAAGUUCUGAGCUUGAAAAUGCAUCUGUUGCGGAUUCAUCUGCUAAAGUAAAUGGCUCUAUUCACCAAAGUGGUGAUGGUGUGGGCUUCGCUUCAUGUAGUUCAAAGCUGUCUUUAUUAGGCCAUGGACCUCAUGGGAAGCAAGUGGUUGAUUUUCUGCUGAAGGAACAUGGAGAAGACGGGAUUCGUGAGUUUUGUCAAAGAUGGAGACAAGUAUUUGUUGAAGCCAUUCAUCCUCGUUUUUUACCUGCUGGUUGGGAUGUGACACACAGUGGUAGAAGAGAGUACGGGGACUACAGUGUAUACAACCCCGCAAAUCGGGUUUCUCCUGCUGGUGGUGGUAAGGAUUAAGGAAAGCUCCCAUCAUCAGCGUAUUUCGUUAGUUAAAUGUAUUAUUCAUCUGAACAAAGAGGAGCUUCUUACACCGCAAUAAUAUUAGUUUGUAUUGUAGUUUAGUUAUGAGGAGUUAAUCACAAUAACCGAUACCUGUGUGUUGUACUUGUAGUUUUUCAGCAUUUUAGCCCCAUGUUGGUUAAUGCUUGUUUUUGUUAACAUUGAGUCAUUGACCCUUUUGCUAGAGAUAUCGAGUCAAGACGUCAAGUGUGUUAGAUGAUGCAUUAACUAGAUGUUUUGAAAUAAAUACCUUGAUUUUUAGUGUUA